AUGCCAAGGGAACGACAGCGACACCCUCAGCUAAUGCGGAGAUAUUGUUUGUGCAUAACUUCUCUGCCUUAUAACCUCUUCCAGGGUGUGCCGAACUUGUUGGAAUAUGCUCAACGCUACAGCCUGCCUAAGACUGCGGUUACCUUUAAAGGUGCUUCGAGAAGGGCCUUCAUCUUCACUGAGCUAGUUGAGAAGUCUCAAGACACUACAUUGGUGGCAGCGGAGAGCGAACCUGAUCCUAAAGGCCAUCUAUCCUGA